AGGAAGAGGGAUCACAGAUGGCGGAGGGCGCAGCUGAGGCGAAGAGUGAGCAAUGCUGGCAGUGGGGGCUGCAAUCGUGGGUGGCUUCGCCCGGCCGCUCCCGGGCUGGGGUGCUGGCCCCAGCGCCUGAAAGGCCGCCCCUGUUGGUCCUCCCCCGGGCGGGGCCAGCUCCAAUGGCGCUGACUCAGCAACGCGAGGGGGGAGUUUUGUCCCUCCGCGGACCCCGUUUCUCUCGGCCACCAUUGAGCGGGUUUCCUUCUUCCGGCGCUUAGGGUGCGAGAACCAGGUCCGGCCAGCUAGGCAGCGGACUGUAGUGUAACCCCAAAGCUCACCUGAGGACCCUGAAAACGAACGUUUCUCCACGAGGCAGCUUAGGCGCCAUGAACAACGCAGGACUAAAUUCGGAGAAGGUAGCUGCUUUGAUCCAGAAACUAAAUUCUGACCCUCAGUUCGUACUUGCCCAGAAUGUCGGGACCACCCACGAUCUGCUGGAUAUCUGUCUGAAGAGGGCCACGGUCCAGGGUGCUCAGCAUGUGUUUCAGCACGUUGUGCCUCAGGAAGGCAAGCCUGUCACCAACCAGAAGAGCUCUGGACGAUGCUGGAUCUUUUCUUGUUUGAAUGUCAUGAGACUUCCAUUCAUGAAAAAAUUUAACGUUGAAGAAUUUGAGUUUAGUCAGUCUUACCUGUUUUUUUGGGACAAGGUUGAACGCUGUUAUUUCUUCUUGAAUGCUUUUGUGGACACAGCCCAGAAAAAAGAGCCUGAAGAUGGGAGACUGGUGCAGUAUUUGCUUAUGAACCCUACAAAUGAUGGUGGACAAUGGGAUAUGCUUGUCAAUAUUGUUGAAAAAUACGGUGUUGUCCCUAAGAAAUGCUUCCCUGAAUCACAUACUACAGAGGCCACCAGAAGAAUGAAUGAUAUUCUGAAUCACAAGAUGAGAGAAUUCUGUAUACGGCUUCGGAACCUGGUACACAGUGGAGCAACCAAAGGAGAGAUUUCAUCUACACAAGAUGCCAUGAUGGAGGAGAUAUUCAGAGUGGUGUGCAUCUGUUUGGGUAACCCACCAGAGACCUUCACCUGGGAGUAUCGAGACAAAGAUAAAAAUUACCACAAGAUUGGCCCCAUAACACCCUUGCAGUUUUACAAGGAACACGUGAAGCCACUCUUCAACAUGCAAGAUAAGAUUUGUUUUGUGAAUGACCCACGGCCCCAGCACAAGUACAAUAAGUUGUACACAGUAGACUACUUGAGCAAUAUGGUUGGAGGGAGAAAAACGCUCUAUAACAACCAGCCCAUUGACUUCUUGAAAAAGAUGGUUGCUGCCUCCAUCAAAGAUGGAGAGGCUGUGUGGUUUGGCUGUGAUGUUGGAAAACACUUCAAUGGCAAGCUGGGCCUCAGUGACAUGAAUGUCUAUGACCACGAGUUAGUGUUCGGUGUCUCCUUGAAGAACAUGAAUAAAGCUGAGAGGUUGGCUUUUGGUGAAUCACUCAUGACCCACGCCAUGACCUUCACUGCUGUCUCAGAGAAGGAUGAUCAGGAAGGUGAAUUUGUGAAAUGGAGAGUAGAGAAUUCAUGGGGUGAAGACCACGGCCACAAAGGUUACCUGUACAUGACCGAUGAGUGGUUCUCUGAGUAUGUCUACGAGGUGGUGGUAGACAAGAAGCACGUCCCAGAAGAGGUGCUGGCCGUGCUAGAGCAGGAGCCCAUUGUCCUGCCGGCAUGGGACCCCAUGGGGGCUUUGGCUGAAUGAGUGAGUGGACUGCCUCCAGCUCUUUCCUCCUCCCAUGGGAUUGGAUGUAGCUGCCAAGGACAGAUCCAGGGACUGAAACCAAAGUACCAUGGGUGGCUGUUCCCACAGGAUACAGUCAGACGCUUGGGUUUCCAGUCUCCUCCAGGAACCUCUUUGAGAAAAAUGCUUUAUGCUGAAACAAAAUAUUCAUAAAGGAAAAAAUAAAGGGGAAGGAUUGGGGCAUCCUGUCUGCUCUCCUCAUCUCUGAUGGCUCAGGAUCUCUUAGCAUUUUAAUUGGAUGUAAUUGUUCACUGUCAUGGUCUUUGUGUUUGUAGUAAGACAGAGUAAGAUGAGCAGCUGAGGUGUACGGAGAACAAACAGUCCUGGGCUCCUUGUUCCUAGAGUAGAUUAGGGAGGGUUAGCUAGGAUUUGAACUCUCACCGCUGCAUGCUGCCUCAUAGGUCACUGUCCUUCCUACCUGGCAGUCGCUGAAUUCAACUUCCACAGGGUUGUUUCAUGUGACUAAUAGCUCGAAAAGGGAAGGUUGAUCGGCUCUGACAUGAUUCCUUCCUUUCUGAACCAUGGGGCUCACUUGGGCCAGGUUAAACAGGGUUAGAGAAAACCUUGUCAGGGGCUCAACCAAUCACAAAGGGCACCCCAUUGAAUGCUUUAACAUCUGUCUCUGCGUUGGGGGUUGGGUGGGGAGAAAAAGUGAUUCUUUCUGAUAACUUGAUGGUGCUGAGAAGCUUUUGAAUAAAAUACUUUGCUAAAUGAGAA